CAGAGCCCUGUGUCUGCUUUUGCUGUCAGUCUUAGCGUCUUUUCACGGAUUUUCACCAAUGCAUUGCCUGCAAAGGAUGUCAGGGCUGACCCAAGGAUCAUUUUAUCCUUCAAGAGUCUGUUUGGAAGGUUUGCAUAGGCUUGUUCCUAGGGGAAACAUGUCUGAGGUUGACUGUAAGAAAUCAGCUGAAAUAGAACUGCAGAAAGAUGAAAUGGAUGAUAUACACUCAGAACAAGAAGAAACAUUUCUGCAUCCACCACCUGAGGGUCCUGAGCUAAAUAUCAAUCACUCCUACCAUGAUGUUGUGAGACAUGGCACUAUCUUGUUUACAGGUGAUGACAAUUCUGGAAGGAAGGUGAUUACCUUCAGUUGCUGCUGCAUGUCCCCAUCCUACCAGCUCAAUUACACAAGGUUGCUUGAGUACUUAAAGUAUACUCUGGAUCAGUAUGUAGAGAAUGAUUAUAUAGUUGUCUAUUUUCACUAUGGCCUGAAGAGUCUGAAUAAAAUGUCUCUGAAAUGGUUGAAAACAGUCUACCAGGAAUUUGACAGGAUGUAUAAGAAAAACCUUAAAGCACUCUAUGUUGUCCAUCCAACCAACUUCAUAAAGAUUCUGUGGAAUAUCUUUAAACCUCUUGUAAGCCACAAGUUUGGGAAAAAGAACUACUUGAACUAUCUAGGUGACCUGGGAGAACAUCUCAAAUAUCCCUUGAGAAGUCAACAAAACAAAUCUGUGUGGGUCGUUACUGCUUAUGAUUAUCAUACAAUUUUCUUGGGCAAAACUGUAAUCCUGACCUCUUUCCUUACACAUGCUGAAGAUCUUUGGAGGAAACAGAAGGGAAAACUUCCACCUGUGGUUGAAGUUCCUCUACCACAGCCACCUCUGUCUACCCAGCAAUUUGGUGUCAGCCUGCAAUAUCUGAAAGACAAAAAAUAAAGGAAAAGUAUUCCCCCCUUAAUGGAGAAAAGGGUAUCCUAUCUAAAAAGGAAGGGAAGAGAAGUUUCAGGGAAGUCAGCCAGCAUCCAGACUAUCAAAGAUGUGCAGAAACUCAGUCAGGGUAAACCUCUGAAUUUUGAUGAUUAUCAUGACAUCCAUACUCCUGCUGUUAUCCUGAAGAUUUUCCUUAGGGGACUCCCUCAGCCAUUGCUAACAUUUGACUGUUAUGAUCAUAUCCUUGAAAUCGCCAGUGAGUGUGUUUGUGUAUGUAUGUUUUUGUUUGGUUUGGUUUGCAACUAUUCCCAUAAGAUAACAUCCUGGGGAAUAAAGGAUCUAAAGGUGCGGAGGUCUCUGGCUGAGGUCCCGGCCCGGCUCCGGGCUCAGCCUCGGGCCUGGUCCGGCACCCCGGCCCCGGCCUGCUGGGGUCUUGGCCCGGCUCCAGGCUCGGCCUUGGGCCCGGCCCAGCACCCUGGCCCUGCCUUGGUGGGGGGCCUGGCCCGGCCGCAUUGUCCCAGUCCCCGGCCCCCUGACCGCAUGGCUCCGGGUGGCCCCCGGCCCUGGCCUGGUGGGCCCCGGCUCCGCAUGGCUCCGGCCCUGCCGGCUCGGCUCAGCUCAGCUCGCCUCUCCACGUGGUAG